CUUCAACUUCCGCUCGUGAUACGACUUUUACCGAUCCGAUUGGUUAGAAAGCCUGCCUAACUACGGGGGAAUUAACGGGUGCAGUUCCGGGGCAUGUUCUUGCCAAUCAAUGCGAACCUUGGGGGAAUCGCCUUUAAAAUGCCACACCAAACAACACAACGACGUUAGAACACUCGCAAACGCCCCAUCGACAAAUCAUCUUCCAUCAGCCCUAGUGAGCGGGAGAGCAAACACUUGUGUGAGCCAAGAGAGCAGAACCUGACAGCCAGCUCCCUCAGACGCCUCUGGCACUGGCUAUGGCGAUGCUAUGAUUGUUUGGUUGGUUAGAGCCGUUUGGCCUGUAUAAAUCGGUCGAAUCGGAAGGAAAGGAGGAUACACAUUUACAGGCAGGCUCACUGCUGCUGCUGACUGAGGGAUUCCGUCUGGUCUGGUCGUUGGACCAUUAGAGAGCUCAGUCUCAGAAUUUGUUUGCUCCAAGCAACAUCUUCUCUACCCGCGUCUCGGCUCGAGUUUCGUAUUCCCGGUGAGACUUUCUCCGUUUUUUUGGGAUUAGGAACAUUCUGUUGUGAGUGCUGAAUAAUAAAAUAUUUGUCACAGGCGAGCAGUAGAAUAAUAUUAUUUAUACUCUGCCAAGUUUUUUCGCUUGUUCAUGGGUGCCAUACGCGGUCGAGUGGAAUAAGUGCAAUAUUUUUACUGCCUAGCCAAUACGUUCUAUGAUGCAUAGCGUUGAGAACGUUCUUGGGUGUUGAAAAGCUAGAACGCAGCAGUGAUAGCAUAGGUACAGCAACCUGCUAGGUCUGUGAUCUAGAAUCAAAACCCCCGUUACGUAAGGAGUCGUUCUGAGGACGCCUACAAGACGACGAAGUACAUUCGGUGUACAGAGACAACCAUACAUAUAAGGCGAAGAUCAUCAGGUAUCAUCAUCUCUACUGCCUCACAACAGGUCAACAACAGCUGAAAACGGAACGCUCAAUUAAAGCAAAACAGGAAUACAGCCUCGCAAAAAAGACUAGUCGACUUGGUAGAUAAUACCUGCGGAACGCGCAAUAAAAAUGACCACUAAAGACGACGUGUUGUUGGAAAAAAUGGACGAUGAGCUGCCCAAUUUCGGGCAGCGUUUCAACGCCAUGCGGCACCGCAAUCACCUGGUCGACUGUUCCUUCAGGGUGGAUGAUAAGGUCUACAACUGUCACAAACUUCUCCUAUCGGCUGCUAGUCCAGUGUUUGAGGCCAUGUUCUACGGUGCCCUGGCCGAAAAACAAACCGUAAAAAUUUCCGACAUCCGGGCCGGUGUCUUCGAACGGAUGUUGGACUUCGUGUACACCGGCCAGAUCGAUUUCGACAUCAUUCUUCACAUUGAAGAAGUGCUUGAGCUCUAUUACUGUGCUCAAAAGUACAUGAUCGACAGUUUGCACAAACUGUGUGUCAAUUUUUUCGGAAACAACAUCAAACCAAACAACGUACUGAAGAUCUUGGACAUAGCGUACAAAAUGAACCUAGAAGAUAUUAUCUUUUCGUGCUUGUGCGUCCUGAAGCACUUCCUGACAUCCGGGAUGAGCCUUAGCAACAUCAUUCUGGAGAGCAAUCAUCAUCUGUCCAAGAGCUGUGUAGAUCUUAUACUCGAAGACAACUACGAGGUUAAGGAUAACAUAAUCUGCAUGCUGCGAGCUUGGUGCAUCACUGAGUGUGAGCAGAAUCGACUCGAAAUUAGUAGUGAUACUCUGAAGACUGUCCUGCAGGACAUAGAGCUUUCGGAGAAGCUGAAGGACACCAUCGUAGAUUGCAGCUUCACAAGCUUUCAACCGGUAGCGACCGGAGAUAAGUAUCGCUGGACUCCAAUCCAACGAAUCCAUUAUAAGGCCGUGCGUCCUCUGAUCAUUGGAGACGAGAUGUCUUUCGAGGCGAGCAUUUCUUGUAAUCGGUUUAUCGUCCUUAAAUCGCUGACCAUCAACAGUAGACUGAUCCCGCAGCUGCAACCCAACGACGUUCGUCGGGACACUUACGUCGAGAACGUAACCGUAGAAAUCAGCUCGAAGUUUAACAACAAAGUCAAUCCAGUCUACCGGAAGCUGCAUAUGAUCUGUGAUGCGGUCUUCAACAGUAGCCUAGAAAUCAAGCUCGAUAACGAACUGGUUCUGUUUCCGGAUAUUGCCUACGUUGUACGCAUGAAGUGGGGUCCCGAAAGCCUCGGAUACGAGUAUCCCCGGGGUAUACUGUCGUCGUAUGGCAAGUGCAAACAGUUUAGGGUUAACUUUAGCGAAAACAUUUAUCUCGAAACCGAUGGCAGUAUUUUGAGUGGAAUUAUUUGUGAUUUGUACAAGUGAGUUACGAAUGGUCGAUUUCGUAUUCAUACUUUUUUUUUAUUUUGUAAUCUUUAAAGCUUAGAACUAUCAAAUUUCAUCAAAAACCAUAAUAUUAAACGCUAUCUACUCAUACGAUUUUAAAAAUUACCUGCAUCAGAUAAUUACAGCUAACUAAUUAUUUUGAAAUAAAAAUGAAAUAAACUAAA